GUACAGCCCCGUGGCGGAUAUUGCGUCACAGCAUCUGGUGCAGAGCCUCUUGGAAGUUGUAGUUGUAUUUGCACCUUGCAUCACAGGAAGGUGAAGUUAUGGCGGUUGAAAUACAUCAGCGGCUGAGUGAGUGGUUGGGUCCACUCGGCUUCCAGUGUGCCCCAUUCAAGAUUGCUUGGUAUAACGCUAUCAUACAGCUCUCUUUUCACCUUCAGUACCAAGACGACACAUUGGCCUUUGUUAUCCUCAGUACACCUCAGAUGUUUGAGAAAGCCUUCAAACCUUACAUUGCAGAUAAGCUGUUGGCCACUGUUCGGGACCCUAUAGAUGAGUGUGUUGUUCAUUAUUUUACACUUCUGAAAAAAAAUUUCUCUGAUCACAGGAUUGAAGCCAUACAUGACUUUGAGAUGUUUCCUAAUCGAAAGCCAAAGAUUUUGGCACAGACAGCUGCACAUGUGGCUGCAGCAGCCUAUUAUUAUCAAAUGAAGGAUGUUCAGCAAAAUCCCUGGGGAGAAAAAAUGCUGCCAGACCUGCCGAGUUUCUCCGGUAUUCUCUGUCUGUUUCAGAUUUUCAGCACCCACGAAGAUGUAUGGAGUCUGCAUUCAUCCACGCUAUGGGGGCUGGUUUGCAAUACGAGGAGUGCUGAUAUUCCCAGAUGUCCAGGACCAAGCACUUGAGCAGAAGCUGCCUGUAGACUGUGUGUCAACAAAUGAAAAAAAGAUCCAAUUACUUGAAAAGUUUAACUUUCACUGGCAAGACUGGACCUACAGAGAUAUCAUUGAUGUAGAGGAAAGGUACUCUGAAGAACAAAAGCAGUAUUUUGCUACACCUCCUGCUGAAAGAUUUAAACUUCUUGGACUGAAAGGUGAUGCUUUGAGGUAAUCAGCAACCUACAAUCCAUGGAGGUUUUUAAUCUGUCCACUCACAGGAGGCCCAGGUGAAGGGGAAGUAAUAGAGAGAGUGUUCACUAUUUAGCUACUGCAUAAAUAAAUUAUGGGAAUAAAGAGACUCUGUUUUUGUGAAUGGGAUAAAUUAUGUACUCAAUUCCUUUAUUUGCCAUAAUAUGUAGUUUUACAUCAUCUUAUAAAAGAAGCAUGGUUUUCUGUUUUGGCUUUAUAUUUUCAUAUGGUUUUUAGCUUUCUGUAUACUUAUUUAUUGCUUUAUAAAUUGAGAAAUUAGCAUUAUUAAACUAUUUAUAAUUAUAUAUCUACUCAAAAUGUGAUAUUAUGAGAGGUUUUCAGUGAGUUUGUUACCUAAGCAAAAGCAUGGCCUUCAGUUUAUAUUCUGAGUUUGCAAAAUAAGUUUAUUUGUUUAUUCAGAAUAUAAUGUGGAAGCCAAUACAUAGAAAUUGAUAUGGACUAAGUCACAACGUGGAAAUAAUGCACUUGGCCUAAUCCUAUUGAAACAGGACUAUUGACACAGCACUACUCUGUGUAUAUAUGAGUCUUUAUAAAAUGCAAAUACUUUGUGAAAGAGUAAACAUUCUGAAAACCAAUGAAAAAUCUGAAAUAAAGGUUUACAUUCAGAAGUCA